UAGCCUCUCUAUAUAAAUUAUGGCAGCUCUAUGGCUACCACGAGAAGCUCACAAAAAAUCAAUAUAUAACCACUUCCAUCUCCAAUUCUUUACCACAUUCUUCUUUUCUCAUCAGUCCCUCUCUUGAUUCUCAGCCAUUAACCAAACUAUGGCUUCUGUUACUCCCUCAACUACUAUUGACCAAGACCAUUAUCAUAACAAAAAAGUUACCAUUUCACGAACUACUAGUACUACAAGUAGUAAUAAUAAUACUAAUCAUGGAAACCCUAGAAUAACAGUGGUAGAGAUUGAAACAGCUAAUAAUCGCAAUGCGAGUUAUCGUAGUUCGAUUUUCGGGGCUGAUCAUGAAGUUAGUUUGCCAGUAGUGGAAGAUCAUCAGGGAGUUUUCUUGACAUGGCAGGAUUUGUGGGUCACAGUUUCUAGCGGAAAGAACAGUAACAGACCAAUUCUUCGGGGUCUGACUGGCUAUGCUAAGCCAGGGGAGCUGUUGGCUAUAAUGGGUCCUUCUGGUUGUGGCAAAUCUACUCUCCUUGAUGCAUUGGCAGGCAGAUUGAAUGCAAACACAAGACAAAGUGGGGAUAUAUUGAUAAAUGGAAAUAAACAGACUCUAGCAUACGGAACAUCGGCAUACGUAACACAAGAGGAUACUCUUUUAACGACCUUAACGGUAAGAGAAGCCGUACACUACUCAGCACAGUUGCAACUUCCGGACUCCAUGUCUUCAGCGGAGAAGAAGGAAAGAGCUGAGAUGACUAUAAGAGAGAUGGGUUUAACUGACGCUGUUAACACUCGCAUCGGCGGUAGUGGGUUAGGAACUGGGAGCAAAGGCCUAAGCGGUGGACAGAAGAGGAGAGUGAGCAUCUGCAUAGAGAUUCUCACUCGUCCAAAGCUUCUUUUCCUUGACGAGCCCACUAGUGGGCUCGACAGUGCUGCUUCAUACUAUGUGAUGAGCAGCAUUGCGUCGUUGGAUAUUCAGAGUCGGAGGGGUGGUGGGGCCGGUGGUCGGAGGACUGUGGUGGCUUCCAUCCACCAGCCCAGUUCCGAAGUGUUUCAGCUUUUUAAUACUCUUUGCCUUCUUUCUGCUGGUAAAAUUGUGUAUUUUGGUCCUGCUAGUGCAGCUAAUGAGUUUUUCACUAUGAGUGGCUUUCCUUGUCCAUCUCUCCAAAAUCCAUCUGAUCAUUUCCUAAAAACAAUAAACAAGGAUUUUGAUAAAGUGCAGAAGGAUCUUGAGCAAGGUUUACCAAUUAGAGGACGACCUACAGUUGAAGAAGCAAUUGAAACUCUUGUAAAGUCUUAUAAAGCAUCUGAAAAUUGCCAGCUAGUUCAACAACAAGUAUCCCAAAUAUGUAAUAAAAAGAAUAAGAGCGUAGGCUUAAUGGAGAAGAAGAGAAGCCACGCUGGUUUCAUAAGCCAAUGUGGUGUGUUAACAAGAAGAUCAUUCAAAAACAUGUACAGAGAUUUGGGUUACUACUGGUUUCGUCUAGUUAUAUAUAUUGGCUUGGCUAUUGGAUUGGGCACUAUCUUUUGCAACAUUGGCCAUUCUGACGGAUCCGUUGAGGCAAGAGCUUCACUUAUCAUGUAUGUUGCUUCUUUCUUAACUUUCAUGACUAUUGGUGGAUUCCCUUCUUUUGUUGAAGACAUGAAGGUAUUUGGAAGAGAAAGACUAAAUGGACACUAUAGUGUAACAUCAUUUGUAAUGGGUAACACCAUAUCUGCACAACCAUACCUCGUCCUUAUCGCUCUGAUACCAGGUGCUUUAGCUUACUUUCCGCCAGGACUCCGAGGAGGAUUCGAACACUUCAUCUACUUUGUGUUGGUUCUCUAUGCUUGCAUGAUGUUGGUCGAGAGCCUAAUGAUGAUAGUGGCAGCUCUCGUCCCUAACUUUCUCUUGGGGAUCAUCACGGGGGCUGGAAUCCAAGGGUUUAUGAUGUUGGCAGGUGGAUUUUUUCGCCUCCCAAAUGACCUUCCAGAUCCUUUCUGGAGGUACCCUGUGUUUUAUAUUUCGUUUCAUAGAUAUGCAUUUCAAGGAUUAUAUAAGAAUGAGUUCAAGGGUUUGAUGUUCGUGGACGAAAUUCUUGGUAAGUCACACAAGAUUAGUGGGGAUGAAAUCUUGAGAAAUAAGUACCAAGUUAAUAUGAGCUAUUCGAAGUGGGUUGAUUUUGUUUUAUUGUUGUCAAUGGUGUUUGCUUAUCGUGUUAUGUUCUUGCUCAUCCUCAAAAUUUCUGAGAAUUAUAAGACUAUUUCUGCUGCUUUUGCUUUUGGACGACGCAAGCCUAGUACACAAGUCAUGGAGAAUCCUACUGCCACUCCACCUCAUGCAUAGAAGAGUUUAGGCAAUAUAAAUAUAUGUACGUAUAGUCGUAUAUAUAUGUAUCUAAUAAUAAGCACACUGUGUGCAUUAAAGAAUGAGAAGCUCUCUAUAGUUUUAUAAAUAUUAUCUUUGUUGUGGUAUAGCUCUUAUCCAAUCACCAUCAAGUGCAUGAUGAUGUAAUGUAACAUAUAAGUUUAAGAGUAUUACUUUUUUUUAUGAAUGAAGUAUUAAAAACUAAACAAAAA